CCGGAGCGGAUUUACUAACGGUUACCUGGUGAUAUAUUAAAAUAAUAAGUAAAGAAACGCAAUGAAAUGAAAAGUCAUCCAAAAUGCGCAUGUGUGAAUUUCGGCUCCGUGGCAAUUCAAGCGUCUCAAGCCACGAAUAAUAAAACUUUAAAGCGCAAACAUGGCCUGAUAGCCACCUGUAUUUACUGCAAACGAAUGCAGGUUUUUGAUCACACUUUCACUUCAAUGCCGUCUCAAAACUGUUUUAUUACACCUGCAGUGGAUGAAAGGCACCAGGACGCACGACUCCGUCUUAUUGAUCAGCGCGUAAUGACGCUCUAAUCUUCGACCUGUGCGAACAGAAAACAAACUGUCUCCGUUAUUUGCUUCUUCCUCUCGGGGUAAUGUGAAACGGUCACCGCAGGCGUUAGGACGGAGAGUGUCUGUCACAUAAUAACAGUUUAUGGGCUCAAGUGACCACCAGACCGGGACAACACUUUGUCCUGUGUGGAGCCGGCAGUGAGUUUUGAUCAGAGAGACACUGCGGUGCGUUUUUAUGUGAGGAUUUAUUCUCAAUGAAUUAUUUUUCCUCUAGCGUUUUAUUGGCUGAACUCAACCGGAGACACUCUUGGCAAACCCGAAGCGUUUGGUCAAAUUUUAAUUGCAGCCUAUAAGAAUAAUAAGACUACCCCGCCGGUUCAAAGUUUCUCCCACCCCUUUAUUUUACCACGACGUGCUACUUCAAGCUCCCCAGCAAGGCACCCUGGGGUGUGUCUCCCCGUUUCCUCUCCCCCUGCCCCCUUUAAAGAUUGAGAAAGGCGCCGAUAAAGCCUGUAUCACCUCUCCCGACUGCCACGGGCUCCAUGGGAGACACGAGCUGCAGUCUGCGAGAACUUCGGCAGCCCCAAGCUGUGGAAAAGUUAAACACUGCAAAAAGUGUCUCAUAGACUUAUCGUCCCAAGUUGUACUUUUAAACAAUAAAUACACUUUUCUCUUCUUCAUUCCACCUGCGUUUCUUGUAAGAAAGGAAACCACUGUCGGGUUCUGAAAUGAGUCCGUUUGCUCUAAAGAUGCAAGACGACGUCGCCCCCGCUGCAGACAGUUUUCCUACAGCCUGCUCUGACUAAAACUCUGCAGGCGGAUAUUUUUUACAGCGCACUGAGCUGUGGCGAGCAGCCUCGACACCUGUCCGACGACACCUGGCAGGCGUGACCGACAGUCCGCGCAUGCUCCCUUGUCAGGUUGAAAUCUCUUAAAGCACUUGGGAGCAACAUCACCACACCAGUAGAUGUCAAAUCUUGGAGCGAGCGGCCUCGGGCGCAGGAGGACUGCUCUCUACAGCUGGAUUAUUGUCACUGAUUUGUUCUGUUCCGCUUCAGAGAUGCCCCGCUCCUUCUUGGUGAAGAGUAAGAAGGCGCACAGUUAUCACCAACCCCGAAGUUUUGAGGAUGACUACAACAAGCUGGACACGAUACUAGCGCACAUAUGCUCGGAGGGAGAUAAACUCCCAGAAGAAGACACGGAUAUGUCGGUGGACAGGUACAACCUGUCUCCGGACUCCCACCUGGGUGACGCAGCAGAUUUCUCCCCCAAGUCUCCGCUGAGCUGUGCCGACAGCCUGUGCCCUCGCUCCCCGGACUAUGAGGACUUCUGGAGGCCUCCAUCUCCCUCCGCCUCGCCAGCUGAUUCGGAGAAAUCUCUUUCUCCCCUGGUGGACGAGACUCAGCCCUUCACCGUUCCAUUCCGGCCGUACGCCUGGAGCAGCAGCUAUCCCAGGCCGGAGCUGAGGCCGCUGGUGCAGCCAAGCCUCCAUACGGGAAUGGAGGUAGAAAGAGGCCCGGCUGCGAUGGGCUUCUACGGAGACAGAAGCACCCAUCCUGCCCUGUAUGCAGACCGAGCUCUGGGAGAGGAGACCUAUGGUAACUACAGGAGGCACGCUGCUGCUCUGCUGUUUCCUGAGGCAGGCAUGCACGGAAAAACCCACGACGUGAACGCGCAGUCUGAUCUGCUGUGCUCUAGCCUCAUCCUCAAUGGGGCUUACAAGUGCGUCAAGUGCAGUAAGGUGUUUUCCACUCCCCACGGUUUAGAAGUGCACGUCCGCAGAUCACACAGCGGCACCCGGCCAUUUGCGUGCGAAAUCUGCGGCAAAACUUUCGGACACGCAGUGAGCCUGGAACAACACAAGGCCGUGCACUCUCAGGAAAGAAGUUUCGACUGCAAAAUAUGCGGUAAAAGUUUCAAGCGGUCGUCAACUCUGUCGACUCACCUGCUUAUCCACUCCGACACGCGGCCGUACCCAUGCCAGUACUGCGGCAAAAGGUUCCAUCAGAAGUCGGACAUGAAGAAACACACCUUCAUCCACACAGGUGAAAAGCCACACAAAUGCCAGGUGUGCGGGAAGGCGUUCAGCCAGAGCUCCAACCUCAUUACGCACAGCAGGAAACACACCGGAUACAAACCUUUCGGCUGCGACCUCUGCGGCAAAGGUUUCCAGAGAAAGGUGGAUUUGAGGAGACACAAGGAGACGCAGCACGGGCUGAAAUGAACUGACGCGGCACCAUGGAGUCAAUCUAAUCUGACUUCAGAGCAAUCAUUUGCUCAUUCCUAGGAAGUCGUUUUUAGACAUCCGGCAUUUUCGACUUUUCCUCCUUCUGCCAUCCACCUUGAGGACAUUUUUCGGAUCAAGAUCGACUCUGACUCUCAUUUAGCUUGUUAAACGUGCAUUGAACCUAUAUUUAACAACGACAGAUGGUGUUUUUUAUUUAUUUUAUAAGGGAAAAAAAACGUUUAACGGGCGACUUUUUGCAGUGCGAAGACGAGCAACACUAACGAGACCAGCCUGCUGCAGAAUGUUACAUGCUCACAAAACCAGAGAUAAGCUGUGGACUUUAAAAUACAUGACAUGUAAGCGCGAUAAUAAUAAUAAUAACAAUAAUAAUAAAAUUGUCUGUGUCUUAAGCCCAAAAUAUUAGCAGUCACACUUCAAUAACAGGAUUGGCAGAGCCAUAAAGAAACAGAUGCAAAUCUGCGCUUCUCCAAAAGAACAGACGUAGGAUUUUGUUGUCAGCUACAGCGAUGCUGGCAAAACAGUUCUUCCACUGUCUGAUUUAAUAAUCGCUUCCAUUACCAAGCUGGUAUCUUUGGUCUAUUUUGCACAUUUUCUUGUCAAAUUUAAUCUUCUAUCGUUUACAAAUAAAUAUUACUUCUCUUCAAAUAUGUAUUCCAGUUUCUUGUUGAUGUUUUAAAAUGAUUAUUAUUAUUAUCAAAAUUUCAAUGCAGUUAAAAAUAUGGAUGAGUUAAGUUUUUCCAAACGAAAACAGAGACGGAACGGAAAAAGCGUGCAUAAAAAUAAAACAGAUUACAUUAAAGUAAAGGUCGG